AACUAUAAACAUCGCGCAAACAUAUCCAUCAGUAUCAAUUUGAACGCUGCAGAAGCACGAAGUUAAAAAAGAUAUAUACAAAAAGACAGAUGAAAAGCUAGGACUUAAAAGCAGGAAAAACUGACGUGUGAGAGUGUAUUACUUCUGAUAACCAUUUCAAUGCACCUCAGAUGAAUGAGACCACUUAAACCCAUAUCAAAAGGUAAUGACAAAACCACCAGCUUAGACAUUUAACAAUAUUUAACGCCACAACUUGUAAUGACCUAAACCACAAAUGAAUCAUUUCGGCUAAGUACAACAUUAAACAAAACAGUUAGCAAACCGACAACAGACAUAAUUAAAAGGAAGCCAAGAGCCAAGAAAAUAAGAAAAAAUGACGACCAGCAAAUAAGAAUUUUAUAGGAACUGCUCCACUGCUUAUUACUGGUGAUGAAGUGAAACAGGUUUUGACAUGCUGAAGGCUGAGGGAGAUCCAAUGCAUGUCGCUGCAGAGAAUGGAGAUCUUGAAACAUUUCAAUCGCUACUUGGCCAAGAAAAUACCAUAAUAACAAAGAAUAACCAAGGCUAUAAUCCAUUAGAUAUUGCUAUAGAAAAAGGCCACAAAAACAUAGCAGAAUGUAUAUCUUGUCACAAGAGAUGUUGGGAAUUUCUUCACGAUGGAUCUUCAGUCAAUGGAAUGACACAGCUUCAAAUGAUGGCACAAAGGAUGCCUAGAGUUGCAGAGAAAUUUUUGGACAGGUGUGUCGAGCAAAAGUGUGAUUCUAAAACGAACGAUGAUAUACAGACAAAGUACAGUUUUGUUCUGCUUUAUGGAAUGUCAAAAKAUCCCACGGAUUGUUUCAAUAAACUAUCAAUCACAUUCAAGAUUAUGGUUCAGCAGAGAGAUGACGUCUGCCUGUCUCAUCCAGUCUGUGUGGCGUAUUUGAAAGAUUUCUGGCUUAGAAUAGGAUUCUGGUUGUUCUUUGUCAAUUUUAUAUUCUACCUUAUAUUUUUGACAUGCCUGACAUCAUUAGCAUUACUUUUGGAACACAGAUCAAAGGAGUUAAAGGAAUUGAUAGGGUCCUUACGAUGGGUUGUAAUUUUUCUGUCUUUAUUACAAUUAAUCAAAGAAAUUAUACAGAUUCCAAGCCAGAAAUGGUAUUACUUCACAAGAGCAGACAGUUGGUUUGAGAUCUCUCUGUAUUCAAUAAGCAUCGUCUCGAUAUUACAAUAUGGAAGACACGAAGACAAUCGACAUACACCGGAAGUGUUGCGAAGCUUAAUGGCUUUGACAGUGUUCUUAGCCUUCACUAACAUACUGCUGUAUAUGAGAAGUUCCUUCGUAUUCGGUACCUACAUAGUCAUCAUGUUCUCCAUUAUCAAAACCCUUCUUCAGAUCGUUGUACUUCUACUACCGUUUGUUUGUGCAUAUGGGAUUCCGUUCUACAUUAUUUUUUCUAUUCCUGAAAACCCUGAUGAUCCCAAAAAUGUGGUUUCGUCUGACAAGUGUGCUAACACGACCACCCAUAGUACCAGUUACCAUCUGUUCGAUACUGUGACGUUGUCAAUCUGGACAACGUUUAUGCUGAUUCUAGGCGAAAUGAAGUAUCCUCACACGUUGUACAAGUAUCAACCGAUAUCGAAUUAUUACCCCAUAAUAACGUACGGCAUCUAUGUUACUAUGGUAUUGUGUAUGCCUAUAAUUGUCAAAAACUUAUUGAUUGGAUUGUCUGUUGGGGAUAUCAAGCGAAUUGUCGACCUCUCACGACGAACACAUCUUCUGUCCCAGGUUGAAAGACUAAUAGACAUCGAAGCACGGCUUCCAUGUUUUAUUCGCCAAAGACUCUUUGUCGACCAUGUUGUUGAGUACCCAUUUCGAAAAAAGAGCUUGAAAGAAAAGUUUAUGAGUACUGGAUUUCCAACCAUCACGCCUCUUGAUGACCGACCGGCAAAGGAAAAUAAAGAAAACGAUCUUCACCAAAUGGAGAACGCCAUUACAACCCUCACGACAAGAAUUAACGAACAAGAUGAAAAGAUAUCGGAGAUACUAAGCAUCCUGAGAGAUAUUCAAAACUCUAGAAAUACUAACACCAAAAAAUUACAAAUAUGGGUUUAGUCAACCUCAAUGGAAACAUGACUCAGUCCCCUCCACCUAGCGAUAUUCACUGUCAGAUUAGUGCCAUUUAUAUAUAAUAUAUAUAACAGGUCUAAUAACAAGUCUGUAAAAAUAAAUCGAUGGAUCCUAUUCAAAGCGUUUAGCUCAAUAUUUUAUAUAUAAUAUAUGUAUAUAUUAAUGGCUUGAGCA